AUGUUCCGGUUCAUUGGCUCUGCAACCAAGUCCGUUGCGCAGGCUCUGGCACCCGCCUGCAUCAUCCUGUUGGCCUUGGUCUUGUAUUCGGGAUUUGCGAUCCCACCCGCUUACAUGCCGAACUGGCUCGGCUGGAUCCGAUGGGUGAACCCUGUUUAUUAUGGACUCGAGAGUGUGUUUCUGAUCGAAUUUGUUGGUCAACAGUUUCCCUGCUCAGACUUUGUCCCCCAUGGUCCUGGCUACGAGAACUUAGGAAACGGCGAAUACGUGUGCAACGUGCCUGGGUCUGUACCUGGGCAAUCAUUCGUCAAGGGCGAGGAUUACUUGAAGGCCUCCUUUGGGUUCGUCAACAGCCACCGAUGGAGGAACUUCGGCAUAAUCAUCGCCUGGACCGUGUUUUUCAUGGCUCUUCAUCUCUGGACCACCGAGUAUGUCGCCUCGGAGCGGUCAAAAGGUGAAGUCCUGGUAUUUCUUCGUGAGGCCAUGCACAGGGUCUCUGGCAAGCGCGUCAGCGAUGAAGAGGCGGGUGUUCCUACGCCUACAGGAAAGCAAGAGGCUUCUGGUUCAUCGAGUGAUAAGGUCGAGGUCGAGAAGCAAACGUCCGUCUUCCAUUGGAAAGAUGUCUGCUACGACGUCAAGAUCAAGAGUGAGACGCGCAGGAUUUUGGAUCAUGUCGAUGGCUGGGUCAAGCCCGGAACCCUGACAGCUCUCAUGGGUGUCUCGGGUGCUGGCAAAACCACUCUUCUUGACGUCCUCGCUAGUCGAGUGACCAUGGGAGUUGUUUCUGGCGAUAUGCUUGUUAAUGGUCACUUUCGCGACUCUUCCUUCCAAAGAAAGACGGGCUAUGUGACUCAACAGGAUCUGCACCAAGCCAGUUCAACGGUACGAGAAGCGCUUCGAUUUAGUGCCAUGCUUCGGCAGCCAGCCAAGUACUCCAAGCAAGAACGUCUGGACUACGUCGAGACUGUCCUUUCGCUUCUCGGGAUGGAGGCCUAUGCAGAUGCCAUCAUCGGUGUCCCUGGUGAAGGCCUGAAUGUUGAACAGCGCAAGAGACUUACGAUCGCGGUUGAGCUUGUUGCACGUCCGCAGCUUUUGCUCUUCCUUGAUGAGCCUACUUCUGGACUGGACAGUCAGACUUCAUGGUCUAUUUGCGACUUGAUGGAGCAAUUGACCAAGAGCGGCCAAGCAAUAUUGUGCACUAUUCAUCAGCCCUCUGCUAUGCUUUUCCAACGAUUCGACCGCCUACUUCUGCUCGCGAAGGGAGGAAAGACUGUCUAUUUUGGUCAAAUCGGUCAGAAUUCACAGAUCUUGAUGGACUACUUCACUCGCAACGGAGGCCACCCUUUGCCACCCAAGGCCAACCCAGCGGAGCAUAUGCUUGAGGUCAUUGGGGCGGCACCGGGUACGCAUACUGACGUGGACUGGCCAGCCGCAUGGAGGCAGUCUCCAGAGUACAGGGAGAUGCAGAAGGAACUCCAAUCUCUCAAGGCGUCACAACCGUCGGCGACACUUGCAUCAAGCGAAGCUGACCCCUCCGAGUAUGACGAGUAUGCUUCUCCUCUGUUCACGCAGCUACGGGAGGUCACCAAACGUCUCUUUGUUCAGUACUGGAGAAGCCCGGGCUAUAUGUACUCCAAGUCCAUUCUCACAGUCGGUGCAUCCUUAUUCAUCGGCCUUUCUGUCAUGGAUGGCGAGAAUACAGUCCGUGGUCUUCAGAACCAGAUGUUUGGAGUAUUCAUCUUCUUGACCAUCUUUUCGCAGGUCGCUGAACAAAUGAUGCCAGCCUUUGUGGAGCAGAGGACUCUUUACGAGGCUCGCGAGCGUCCCGCAAAGACAUACUCUUGGCAGUCAUUCAUGUUUGCAAAUCUGACAGUCGAGAUAGUCUGGAACUCGUUCACCGGUAUAUUUGCCUUCAUCUGCUGGUACUUCCCCAUCGGCCUCUACCGUAACGCUGAGUACACGAACGAGGUCCAUUCUCGUGGCAUCACCAUCUUCCUUCACGUCUGGAUGUUCUUCCUCCUGACUUCGUCCUUCGCCCACAUGAUUAUCGCCGGACUUCCCAACGCUGAUACUGCAGGCGGCGUCAUGAACCUGCUCUUCAUCAUGAUGUUCGCAUUUUGUGGUGUCCUCGCUGGCCCUGAUGCUCUGCCCGGUUUUUGGAUCUUCAUGUACCGCGUUAAUCCUUUCACAUACGUGGUAGAGGGUUUCCUCGGCACAACUCUUGCCAAUGCACCUGUCACUUGCGCCGACAACGAGAUCAUGGAGUUCAAACCUGCGAAUGGCACAUGUGGAGAGUUUCUGUCGGACUAUAUGUCCAAUAUGGGUGGGUAUCUUGUUGGUGACAGUGCGGGCAGCAAAACUCAGUGCCAAUACUGUCCUAUGGCAGAUACCAACACGUUCUUGAAGGGGAUCAACGUUAGCUUCGACAAUCGCUGGAGAGACUUUGGGCUACUUUGGGUUUAUGUGGUCUUCAACUGUGCAGCCGCAGUUGCUAUUUACUAA